AUGGUCGGUGGCGCCUUGCAGCUUGCGGGGCUGCUUGUUGGUGGCAUUGGCAUGAUCGGGACAUUCGCUGUCACGGGCAUGCCUCAGUGGAGGGUGUCUGCCUUCAUCGAGAACAACAUCAUCGUGUUUGAGACCAUUUGGGAAGGCCUGUGGAUGCACUGCAUCAGGCAAGUCAACAUCAGGUUGCAGUGCAAGGUCUACAACUCUGUGCUGGCCCUCUCGCUGGACCUGCAGGCAUCCAGAGGGCUGAUGUGUGCCGGGUCGGUGCUCUCCUUCCUUGCUUUUGUGGUUGCUGUUAUUGGGAUGAAGUGCACGCAGAGCAGCUGGCAAGCCAAGGGCUAUACUAUUCUGAUGGCUGGGCUCCUCUUCAUCCUCUCGGGUGCUGUCGAGCUCAUUUCAGUCUGCUGGGUUGCCAACACCAUCAUCAGUGACUUCUAUAACCCUGUGGUCAACGUCGCACAGAAAAGGGAGCUGGGAGAGGCCCUCCACCUGGGCUGGGCAGCUGCCUUCUGCCUCCUUGCUGCCGGAGCCAUAUUCUGUUGCUUUUGCUGCUGUGGUGAGAAAACCAGAAGCUACAAAUACUCCGCACCAGCACACUACCCCACUGACAGCCAGCAUUGGCGCAGGAAGACUGAAAGCUCACACUCCAAAAGUCAGUAUGUCUAA